UGUUUCUGUUCCAUCAUGUGUUUAGCAGGAACUCACUGUCCUCAAUCACACAGUCAUAAUGAAAGUGAACUGAAAGCAAUUUCACACACACGACUGAACUUUUAGUCUGAGCUGACUGCAAUACAGAGAUUUCCCAGUCUUUCUGGGGCUUCACGGAUAACUAAACCAAAGCAGAGAGGAACUUUGCCAGAAGUGAAAGUGAAACAAACAGCAAGAGAUCUGCUCCAUAUGGCGACCAACAGGAGUAAGACGAGUCUCAGAGAAGAUCUGACAUGUGCCAUCUGCUUUGAGCUCUUCAAAGAGCCCGUGAUGCUGGGCUGCAUGCAUCACUUCUGCAGGAGAUGCAUCGUGUCGUACUGGAAGACUGUCAGGAGUCCUGUGUCCUGCCCGCAGUGCAGACAAGAGUUUCCCAACAAAAGCUUUCAGACCAACUACUUAGUAGCCGGUCUGGUGGAGAAGGUCAGGGCCAGCUCCACGCCUGGAUCCCUCAAGUAUCUGGAGAAGCAAUUAAAGGACCAUCUAGAAUCGCAGUGCUCCAUGAAAGAGGCCUACGUCUCUAUGAUCCGUGAAGACAAAGACCAGAUGGAGAAAAUAAGAAAAAUGGGAGCUGAGCUGCAGGGGCGAGUGCACGGCGACUUCCAGGCCCUGCAUCACUUCCUGCAGGUGGAGGAGGAAGCCAUGAUGGAGGAGCUGAAGAGGGAGCAGGAGGAACUGCUGCAGGGGCUGGAGCGACAUCUGGAGGCCCUACAGGUGGCCGUCAGAGACGUGGAGCAGAACAUCAACACGCUACGACAGACGGCCAGCUGCGCAGACCAAUCUGUACUUGUGGAGCUCCCAGAAUUGAAUUCCAGAUCGCCUCUGCAAGAGCUGAAGGUCAACCUGAAUGCUUUCAGAAGCAAGCGCAUUGCUCCUCUUCAAUACACUAUGUGGAGAAAAAUGUUUCAACAUUUGAAUCCAGGCCCAGCACCACUGAUAUUUGAUGAGGACACGGCUCAUCCCAGUCUACAGCUUUCCAGGAACAAAACCCAAGUGAUCGAGAGUGACAAAAUGAUCAGUUACACGUGUGACGCCAAGCGCUUCCUCCAGUGUGUCAACAUUCUUGCGUCAGAGGGCUUCCAGUCAGGCAGCCAUUACUGGGAAGUGAAUGUGAGUAACAACCCCAAAUGGGACCUGGGCGUUGCUCUGGAGUCAGUGAACCGUAAGGUCCGAGUCAAGCUGUGUCCUGAGAACGGGUACUGGACCCUGCGGCUGCGGAAUGGCAGUCGGUACUCGGCCGGCACGCAGCCCUGGACGCCGCUGACCGUGACCACCUCACCCAGCAGGAUUGGGGUUUUCCUGGAUUGUGAGGAAAAAAAAGUGUCUUUUUAUAACGCGGAUAACAUGGCACUGUUAUAUUCCUUCUCCAGUGGGCCGAGAGGAAAAGCAUUCCCCUUUUUCAGCACGUGCCUCAGUGAACGCGAUCAGAAAGCCCAGGCCAUCCGCAUCCUGCACUUCCCUUUUGAGUGGGAGAUGUAAAACAAAACCUGUAGACUCUCUAGUAACACGUUCAAGAGCCUGCAGGCUAUAAUGAGCCUCUGAUUUUUACAGGUUUUCCAUAAACACUUUUCAUCACUUUACAUGCUUUGGGGCCAUGCAGCUCUCAUGACGCUAAUCAAAAGGACCACGGACGAUUCUGAACUGGUUUUUGUGCCAGAUGUUGAUCCUGGAGACCUGAUUUUGCAUGACUUUACAUAUUGAUUAAUAAAAGAAGCAUCAUCUGAAUUUUAUUUUAUUUUAUUUAGACAAAAUUCUUUAGCCUAUCUGUUAAGGAAGUGCUUUAUUUUUAUUUUAUUUUAUCAUUUAUUUUAUUUGUUUUGUAUUUUUUUCCACCUAAAUUGUUUUCCUUCCUCUUUUUUUGGGAAUUAGAAAUGCUGAAGAAAUGGUAAAUAAAUACUGUACGAUGUAAAUCAGUCCAGCCUUUUAUCUGAUUCUGCAAAAAUAUCACCACAGCAUUCUGUGACAUGCAUAUUGCUCAAUAUUCUUUUCAUCCUUGCCUUUUAUAGAUAUGUACAGAAGGUAAUUAUAGAUAUUACACGGAAACUAAUUAAAAUACUUUGUUCUUUCCA